AUGAAAGUCAACGAGAAAAUCGCCAUCUCAACGAGCAAAGCCUUGCUGGUGCCGUAUGAAGCCCACCAUGUGCUCACCUACCACGACUGGAUGCAAGAUCCGGCCAUACAGGAGGCAACCGCCUCAGAGCCAAUGACGCUGGAAGAAGAAUUCGAGAACCAGCUGUCGUGGCGGACGUCGCAUGACAAACUGACGUUUAUCGUCUGUGAGCCGUUAUCAAACGGAGAGAGCGUCGUCACGGCUCAAGGCGACGAUGCGCCGGAGAAGAUGAGAGGCGACAUUAACUUCUUUCUAUAUCUGGAUGACAAUGACGAUGAGGAGGGGGAGGAGGAGGAAGUUGCUGCUGCUGGAGCGAGGGGAGAGAGCAGCAACACGAUACGAUUGAGAGGUGAAGUAGACGUCAUGAUAGCAAGGACGCAGCACCGCGGAAAAGGCCUUGGGGAAGCCGCCGUGCGGUCGAUGUUGGGCUAUAUACGGCGGCACCUGUCAGACGUGCUCGACGAGUACGCAAAGGGAGAGGGGCUGCUGCUGCUGGAUGGCGGCAAGGCGGCGGCAGCAGCAGCAAAGGUGCAGCUGGUUGGGUUGAUGGCCAAGAUCAAGGAGGACAAUGCGGGAAGCAGGGCGCUGUUCGGGAAGCUGGGCUUCAGGCAGGAAGGGGAGGCGAAUUACUUUGGAGAGGUGAAGAUGGUGAUGGGGUGGGGGGAGGGGGCUGGAGCUGGAGCUGGAGCUGGGAUCGAGGAGGGGUUGGGGUAUCGGGAGUUGGAGUAUGUGAUGUGA